CUUCUUCUUUCCUUUUCUUUUUGCCAAAAGGCGAGUGGAAUUCUUUUUUCGCGUCAGCACGUUAUUUUUGCUAUAAAUCUAAGCAAAUAAGCAUUACAAGUGAGGAAUAUAAGCAAAUUAUACAGCAAGAUGGCAGAGUUUGAUUUAACCAGGAUAAAUUGCCAAUUUUUGGAUCGGCAUUUAACAUUUCCCUUAUUGGAAUUUUUAUGUGGCAAAGAGAUCUAUGAUCAGAAAGAACUUUUGGAAUAUAUUUUGGAGACUGUUAACAAAACGAACAUGAUUGAUUACACCAUGGACACACGCAAGCGUUUGGGCUUGAGUCAGGAGAUGCCUGAAGAGCUUGUACAACGUAAAGGCGAAGUUUUGGCCACCCUUAAAAUGUUGCAGAAUGAAGUUGCUCCCCUUAUGAAGGCAACAGAUGUCCUCAAGAAUGGCGAAAGCAUGAAGGAUACUAAAACCUUUGUCAAUGCUUUACAAAAGGACUAUAACUUCAAAAUAGAGCAUUUGGAAAGUGCCUACAAAUUGGCAAAAUAUUUAUACGAGUGUGGUAACUACCAAGAAUCUACAUCGUAUCUUUAUUUCUGUUUGAUUGUUAUGUCUCCCGAUGAUAAGAACUACCUAAAUGUUUUAUGGGGCAAAUUAGCUGCAGAAAUUUUAACCUUGAACUGGAAUACAGCCUUGGAGGAUUUGACCCGCUUGCGUGAUUACAUAGACAAUGCCAAUUUUUCUACCAUUCAGGCCUUGCAACAACGCACCUGGCUUAUACAUUGGUCCGUUUUGGUAUUUUUCAAUCAUCCCAAAGGGCGUGAUUUAAUCAUUGAGAUGUUCUUGUACAAGCCGUUGUAUUUAAAUGCCAUUCAGACUAUGUGUCCACACAUCAUGCGCUACUUGGCCACCGCCGUUAUUAUCAAUCGCACUCGUCGUAAUGCCCUCAAGGAUCUCAUAAAAGUGAUUCAACAAGAAUCAUACACAUAUCGCGAUCCAAUUACCGAAUUCUUGGAGUGCCUUUAUGUCAAUUUCGAUUUCGAAGGUGCUCGUCUCAAAUUGCACGAGUGCCAAACGGUUAUUUUGAAUGAUUUCUUCAUUGUUGCCUGCCUCAAUGAGUUCGUUGAAGAUGCUCGCCUUAUGAUCUUCGAAACCUUCUGCCGCAUCCAUCAGUGUAUAACUAUUAGCAUGUUGGCCGACAAACUGAAUAUGAAUCCUGCAGAAGCUGAAUGUUGGAUUGUCAAUCUUAUACGCAAUGCUCGUCUUAAUGCAAAAAUAGAUUCGAAAUUGGGACAUGUCGUCAUGGGUACACAACCAUUGAGUCCUUAUCAGCAAUUGGUGGAAAAAAUAGAUUCACUGUCAAUGCGCUCCGAACAUUUGGCAGGUUUAAUUGAACGUAAGAGUAAGCAAAAGAAUCAAGAGUCCAUUGACUCAUGGAAAUACUAUUAAAUUAUCUUUAGUUUUGUACAGUAUCACGUAAAGUUAAAUAUUUUCUAUGAUUCCAUUUGAUACGCUGUAUUGUCUAUCUAAAAGCCUUCAGAAUAAAAUGACAACUAAACCUUUCUGGGCGACCAAAACAA